ACCAGUGACUUUCUGAGUAUUCUUAUUCCUAGAAUUGCAGAUCUCUUCUUAUGAAAAAUAUCAAAAUGUUCAGUAUAAGCGUAUCACCCUUUUUUGUUCUGUGCAAACAGGAACUUUUCAAUUUUAUACCCAUAUUUUUUCCGAUCACACGUUUUGGCAUUGUAAAUUUUAGAGGUUUUCUGGUAAUUUCUUUGUGUCCAAAAAUUUAUUGAUCUAGCCCAUAAAGUUGAGCCUCCAUAUCGUGGCUUAUCAUGACACACUUCUUGCGAUAGUGACAAUCAUUGCCACAUCUUAUUUUGGCAAUAAAAGCUAGAUACGACGCUGAUUUUUAACGACGUGAUUUGGAGGCAGGCCCCAUCAGUGUUCACCAUGCCGCGGAGAGGAACAAGUGCCCUAUGGUUGAUUGGCGCUGUACUGUUGGGAUUAGUAUGGCGGGUUGCUGGUGAAAAAAAUACUCUAUGUUAUUACGGAUCGUGGGCAACGUACCGUCCAGCACGAGGACGGUUCGAAGUCGAAAACAUCAAUCCGCACCUGUGCACGCAUUUGGUGUAUACCUUCUUCGGAUUGCAUGCGAAUGGAACGAUCCACGUUUUGGAUCCGUGGCUAGAUUUGGAGGAUAACUGGGGUCGCGGUAACAUCAGAAGGUUUAACGAGCUGAAGAAUAUCAAUCCGCGGUUGAAAACCCUUGCUGCGAUUGGUGGUUACAACGAGGGAUCAGAAGAUUUCUCCAAGGUAGCUGAUAGCGCAGAUUUGCGGCAUGUUUUUGCUGAAGAUUGCAGAGACUUCUGCUUGAGACAUGGCUUCGAUGGGGUCGAUAUCGAUUGGGAAUAUCCCAGCACGGCUGAUAGGACCAAUUUCGUUUUAUUGCUAGCUGAUUUACGACAAGUGCUUUCCGAAGCCGGAUUGAUGCUGACGGCAGCCGUUGCUGCACAUGUAGACCAAGCGGCUAUCUCGUACGAUAUUCCGUCUAUCUCGGUGCUGUUGGAUCACAUCAAUUUGAUGGCGUAUGAUUUCAAUGGCGCUUGGAACAGUGUAACGGGUCACAAUGCACCACUUUUUGCCGGUCCGGCGGAUGUAACGGACUUUCAGCGGACGUUGAACGUCGAUUAUAGUGUGCGAUACUGGCUGGGACAGGGAGCUCCAGCUUUUAAAAUGAACGUCGGAGUUGCGUUUUAUGGAAGAACAUUCACACUUGCGAAUACGGCACUCAGUGGACUACAAGCUCCGGCGAUUGGACCUGGACUCGCAGGACCAUAUUCCCGACAAGAAGGUUGGCUUGCUUAUUUUGAGAUCUGUACUAAUUUUCCAAUAAACGAUUGGAUUCGUCACUGGGACAACGAUCAGCGAAUACCGUUUGGAGUGAUGGGCGAUCAGUGGAUUGGCUAUGAUGAUGUGGAGUCAGUCCAACAAAAGUGCGAUUACAUUUAUCAACAUAAUUUAGGAGGAGCAAUGGUGUGGUCCAUCGAUCAAGACGAUUUUCACGGCUAUUGUGGCGUACAAUAUCCCCUUUUGUGGACUCUUGAACGAUGCUUUAAUUGAUAUUCAAUUAAAAUUAAUA